CUUAGCUAGGAAGUAUCCUCUUCAGAGCACUCUUCCUUCUCUUCCCUAGUAGCAUGGAGGUCAGACCUUCCCGGAGCCACCGAGCUGUCAAUGCUGACCACAUCUUGAAAACCACCUCUGCCAAGUUCCUAUGCAGCUAUGGCGGAAAGAUCCUUCCCCGUUAUCCUGAUGGCAAGCUCCGUUACCAUGGUGGUGAAACUCGUGUCCUCUCUGUGGAUCGAUCCAUCUCCUUUGCAGAUCUGCUGUUGAAAAUCCAAGAGUUGUGUGGAGUGAGCGUGGUUCUCCGCUGCCAACUGCCAUUGGAGGAUCUAGACUCCCUUGUGUCAAUAACCACGGAUGAGGACCUCAGCAAUUUGAUCGAGGAAUAUGACCAUGCAAGUUCCCCUUCAACGCCAGCGGAAACGUCUUUAAAGAUCAGGGCCUUCCUUUCAAUCCCCAAACCCACCAAGAAGGCUACGUCCAGCCCUUCUCCUUCUAUAACCUCAUCAUCUGCUUCUUCUUCUUCUUCUUCUUCUUCUUCACCGACUUUGAGGUCCCCGAUGCCUGUUGUGGGACCUAGGGGACCUACUGUACCUACUCGGUGCCUCCACCACCAGGUUUUAAAGCUACAGAUGUUUGCGAGGAGGAAACCUGAUCAAUGGAGGGUUCCCCUGCCAUACUACUACCACUCUGGUGGCUACUAUGCCGGUGACAAUCAUGGCAGUCAUAUCUACCCCAUUCACCAUGGGAACUACUGGCAAUAACCCAAGUUUUAUGUGCAAUACAAAAUCUGGACUGUAUGUAUGCAAAAGUCAAAGAUAUAUACAUUAAAGAUAUAUACCUUUUUCUUCGAGCCUCUUUGGACAUCCAUGCUAAAUGGAUUUCCCUAUGGAUCGAAAUUCUGUAGUUCUGACCUUUGCUGGUCCGAACUUUUUGAUACAAUCAUAGUAAUUAAGUCUUCAAAA